CUCCCGGUGAACCGUUCCUAAGUGCGAAUUUAUCCAACCCCGUAAACGCACCUCCUCCUCUUCCUCUCCACACCGAUUCAGGUGAUGACUCACCUCUGGACUCUGCUGUCAGCCCUGCUGCUGGUUUCGCCUGUGGCCGAACCUCUGAGCAGCCCUGAGGAAAAUGAAAACGAAGUCCUGCAACACACAGAGGCUGAGUUCACCAAGAACCAGGAGAUUGAGAAUGCAAUCGGAAAUCUCAGUGAACCUACACCAAGCCACACACCCAACGCAUCGGCUCCCUUGACUACCACAGUUUCUCCGAGCUCCAGUCUUGUUUCUCAGUGCCGGGGAAACCAGGUGAUGCUGGAGAGCAGCAAUAGCUGCGGCUGUCCUUCUGGCAUGGUGACGGUUGGUGACAACUGUACCUGCCCUGUGGGCUUUACUUUGGAGGGAGCUGCAGAGUGUAAAGAUGUGGAUGAGUGCGAAGGAGAGGCGCUGGGAUCAUGCGGUCUCCACGCCAGCUGCACCAAUACCCCCGGCUCUUACUCAUGUAGCUGUCUCCGUGGCUACCUGAUGGGUGCAGGAGGGUGUCAGGAUAUAGACGAGUGUGGGCUGGCUGCGGUGACAGGCCUGCAGGCCUGUCAGGGUGAUGCUGAAUGCAAGAACACCCCUGGCUCCUUCAAGUGCUCGUGCCCUGCGGGAUAUGUAAUGGCCAUAGAUGGACGAGGCUGUGUAGAUGUGGAUGAGUGCAGCUUCGAGGAGCAGUGUCGCCGUGAGCUGGGAAAUGUGUGCGUGAACACUCCUGGCAGCUUUAUAUGCCAGUGCCAGCCGGGUUUCAGAGCGGAGCCCCCCGCCUGUGUUGGAAGGGAGGCUUUGCAGGAAUAG